AUGGGGAAAAGAGUAUACGAUCCAAUUCAUGAUACUUUCCAAGAACGAAAUGACAGCCCCGAGGAAAGAAAGCCAUCUACAGAUUCUACAGUAGGUGCUGCGCCACCGGUACUAGCCGAGGAAGAAUCUCCAGUUUCCAAGUCACAAGAAUCUGAAGCUAAGACUAGCAAAGCCGUUCCAGUUAUACAUGAGAUUGAAAUUGACGAUAAGAACGAUGACGAUUCCACCCAAAGUGAAGAGGAAAAUACAAAUAUCUUGCUCAACUUUGAACCUUCAAUGGUACCUGGAGCAACAGGAGCAACAGGAGCAGGAGCAGCAGUGGGGGGAACCACAACAAGCUCUGCUAAAAGAAAGCCCAAAGAAAGCAGUUCGAGCAAAUACAAUCGUCAUUUGAAAAAACCUGAUGGUGAGCCGUUUAAUAGGAAAGAUAUACAGUUUAGUUUCAUGCAAGAACUGUUGAUGGAUAAGAGACAGAUUUUCACCAAUGUUUUGAAGCCCCUAUACAAAAAUUCGAUAGUGCCCAUUAACAUCGACGGUGAUAAGAUAUCAAUAAAUGUGACCGAUAAAGAGUACGAUGCGAGGACGUUUGUUUUCAACGACAAGUUGACGUUUGCGCAAUUGUACGUGUUGACGAUAGCAACGUCUAUCAAAUGCUCCAAAAUACUUAGAGAUAAACUGUUGCUGGACCAACAAGUAGCGUUUUCUACGUGCAUUUUGGCACUGUUGGUCAAUAUUGGUAGACUAAACACCACGAUAAACUUUUAUUUGGAGAUGACUUCGCAGUUAAGAACUUUCCAUUCUGUGCCCGUUUUGCAAUUGCAUGCCAAUGAUCCGAAACUUCUCCAAGACACACCAAGAUUGAAGUCCAUAUUGAAGAAUCUACCGUGGGGCAAUGAGCAAAUUUCACUCUUGGAAAUCUACGAAAAAAUAGACCAAAAUGAUAGCGAAGUGGACAAUAUUAACAAGUUUAACAUCAUCAAUAUGUUGUUUAGCAUAUGCGACAACUUCAGUCUUAUUGACAAAAGAUUCCUUUCCAAAUAUGUGGAAAUAAAAAGCGAAGAUGGCACAACACUAAAAGCCGAGGAGAUAGAUACAGUGGAGGAAGACAAUGAAGCAGAGGGAGAAGCCGAAGGAGGAGAGGAGGAAUCAGGUUGUGGAGUAACGCUGUUUGAUAUACUCGAUUUUUCGAAGUAUGAGCCAAAAGACAGAUGCGACGUGUUGAUCUGGUUGUUAUAUAUUCAUUUGGAAACAAACCUCAGCGAACGGGAGAUCCAAGAGUCGCUAAAACUCUUCCAUGAAGCGGCGGAGGGCGAUGCAUCUCCCGGCAAGUUCAUUUUAAGACGUACAGGACACGAGUACGAUGUGGACCCCGAGGACGAGGUGGAGUUUGGGUCCGACCAACGCAUCAAGAGAAGGGAGUUCAUGAACAAGAUGGAAAAGGAAGGUAAGAAGCGCGAACGCAACAGCGCUACAGAGGUGAAAAACGUCAAUGCGGACACGAGCGAAAUGGACGGCGAGGAGGAAGACGACAAGGGCGAAGAGACUGUGGAGGAGACCAGGUCGCUGUUGACGCCCACGCCCAUACUGGAAUCCUCUUCACCCAUGGUGUUGAGCAGGAAGAAAGCGACGCCGCAACCGCCCAAGGCAGCGGCAGCAGCAGCAGCAGCAGCAGCAGAAAUAGAAGAAGAAGCCGGGGCCGCCGGCGCAGUUGUUAUUGACAAAAACGACCUGAACCUAACGCCAUUGAAAAAGUACAACAGUUCCGCCACGGUGAACAAGGUGGACAAGCUGAUAUCGCUGGAUCUGCACAAGCACGUGGCGGAGAACGGCAAGACGCAGGAAGAGUUUCUGGUGGACCUGAGAAAGUCGCAAGUACCCAACAGGCUGAAAAGACGCGAUAUCGGGCUGGUCAAGAUAUUCAACGAGUUUGAGGACAUCCCUGUAGCCUCCGUGCUGGGGAUCCGCGGUAAGAAGAGAAAGAAGUUCAAAGAUAACCUGCUGGGGUUCGAAACAGACUACAUGAAGAACCUCGGCGCAUCGAAAAAGGUGCUUCUGCAGAGGAUCGAAAAUGCGGACGUAGACGACGAGGAGUCGAGUAGCAUGUUUAAGCUAGAACUAGACUAG